AUGGCAUCCGAGGAUAAGACCAAGCUUUUGGAAGCCAAGUGCUUCUGUGGUUCCGUGCACUUCACCGUUGAAGUUCCCAUUGCCGCACUCCCCCUACCAGUUCACCUUUGCCAUUGCACAGUAUGUCGUUAUCGCUCUGGUGCGCCAUGUGUAUUCCACACCAAGCUGCCAAAAGAGGCACCCAUGAAGUUCAUAUCGCCUUCUGUAGAGGCAAAUAUGACAGUCUAUACUUUCGGAGAGCGCGUAUCGGCUUGGAAUUUCUGCUCGACAUGCGGAUGCCACAUCACCUCUGUGGAUCGUGACGAUGGUCACUGGACCGUCUCGACAUCCAUCUUCAAGGACCACGGACCUGAGAAUUUCCAGAUCAAACGGCACAUCUACAGUGAUUCGACGUUCGAUCAUGGGCUUUCUAAUAUCAUAUCCCAAGUCGACGGGCUCCAACUUGAGGACUGGAACCCUCCUCACGAUGACCCAAGCUCCGAGACUUUGGUCCCGAAGCUUGAGCAUGGCGCACAUGGUCAGGAGCGGCUGCGAGCCGAGUGUCACUGUGGCGGCGUGUCAUUCACCAUCGGUCGCCCAACCAAGGAUGUGCUCGAGGAUGUACAGCUCAAAGAAUUUGUCUCCUCUCUCGAUCAGACGAAAUGGAUGGCAUUGUAUGACACCUGUGAUGACUGCAGGCUCCUCAACGGAACCCACCUGGUGGGAUGGACCUUUAUUCCCCUCUCCACAUGUAAUCCUCCCAUCGCGAGAGAUCUAAAGAUAGGUACUGCAAAAACGUACCAGAGCUCACCAAAUGUCUUGCGUUCAUUCUGUGGAACUUGCGGCGCGACAGUCUUCUUCACCUGCGAUGAGCGCUGCCCAAAAGGAGGGGAGUCGGUCGUCGAUCUCGCGACUGGAAUCCUGCGGGCCACUGAAGGUUCAAUGGCUGAGAAAUGGUUGACUUGGCGAUCGAACCCUGCUUGGCUGCCGUCUGGAAAACAGUAUCAUCGCGCUUUCAGUGAGGCUUUGGAACAGGGAAUGAAGGAGUGGGCAUUAGAUCACUAUAAUCAAGAGGUUCGCCAGAAUGCGAUCGAUUCUCUCAACUCCCUCCAAACUUCUCAUGCGGCUUUCAAAGCGCGGAUAAAGGCUGGCAUCAAGCCUGAUGCCUCCUCAAUCGCAGAGAUGAAGACAUAUAUACGCCGUCUUGGCUAUACAACGUCUGAUCUCGAUCGUCUAAACAUCAUCCAUGUCGCUGGCACGAAGGGAAAAGGCACUACAUGCGCCUUCGUCGAUUCUAUUCUAUCCCGUUAUCGGACUGCACAUGGAGUUCCUCGCAAGACGGGGCUCUUCAUCUCCCCUCAUCUAGUCUCGGUGCGAGAACGGAUACGUAUCAAUUCCGCACCGAUACCUGAGGCUCUGUUUGCGAGGUAUUUCUUCGAUGUAUGGGACCGUUUAGGAUCGGCAGCCGAACAAGAUGGCGUUGAGAAAGCAGAUCAGGAAACCGGCUCCCCUCUGGACAUUAGACCUACAUACGCUCGCUUUCUGACACUGAUGAGCUGGCACGUCUUCUUGCAAGAAGGCGUCAAUGUAGCUGUUUACGAAACGGGAAUUGGUGGCGAGUUUGACGCAACAAAUGUGGUUGAGCAGCCGGUGGCUACCGGUAUCAGCAGCUUGGGAAUUGAUCAUAUCUUCGCACUCGGAGACACCAUCGAGAAAAUUGCGUGGCACAAGGCGGGGAUUAUGAAGACUGGUUCCCCAGCCUUCACCAUCGAACAAGUUCCCGCUGCUCAACAAGUCCUCCAAGAAAGAGCAGACGAGAAGGGUGUGGAUUUGCAAGCUCUCAAAAUUGACCCUCGGCUUCAAGACGUGCGAAUACAUCCAGAUGCCGAAUUCCAGAAGAAAAAUGCAACCCUUGCGACUGCCCUGGCGGAGACUGCCUUGGCACGACUCGGGGUCUUGACACCGCACCAGGAUGUUCUGCCUGAUGAGUUCCGAAAAGCACUCGAGGGCACUGUAUUCCGCGGACGUUGCGAAAUUAAGGCUGAAGACCAAGUGGUUUGGCAUCUGGACGGUGCACAUACGGCCGACAGUCUUACGCUCGCUUCCAAAUGGUUUGCUAAUGAGACGUCUGGACAAGUCGGACCGCGAGUCUUGGUGUUCAACCAACUCGGCCGAAUCGAGGCCAUCGACUUCCUAAAUCUGAUUUUCGCUGCCAACAAGCAGGAGAAUGGCCCGCCAUUUAGCCAUGUCAUAUUCUGUACAAAUAUCACGCACGCCCAAACCGGUUACAAACGCGAUUUCGUCAAUAACCAAUAUGAUACCAAGGAGAUUGAGUCUCUAACAGUGCAAAGGAGAUUUGCUGAGAGAUGGUCGUCUUUAGAUCCUGACGUUUCGGUUGUAGUUUUACCAACUAUCGAGCAGGCUCUUGCUCAUGUCCGAGAACUUAGAGUUGCCAGGCCAAACAGAGAUGAAAAGAUUCAAGCUUUUGUCACGGGCAGCUUGCAUUUGGUUGGUGGUGCACUGGGCAUAUUAGAGAAUGCCGAUGCUCUUUAG